AUGGAUUCCAGGUUCGGCAUCAACGUGUGGCUUGUUGCGAAACACUCGGACGGCGGCGCACGAACGAUUCAGCGAUCCCCUACCAAGGGUGUCUGUAAUAGCGGCCGAAGACCUAUCAACUUCGACGAGUUCGUUUACGGCUACGCACAACCGCAACAAGCGUGGAACGGGUUCUGCAUUGCACACGCAAUAACCUUUGAGUUGGUCUUUGAGCCAUUAAGCUCGAAUUGCAUACCUGGAAUGUUUAUCUUGAGGCGUACAACGCGGGAUGACUUCAAAUGUUGCGAAAGCGAGGAACCCGGCGACAAAGGAACGAAGAUACAUGGUGUAGACGACGCAGAUUCGAUCUCAUGGUUGAGUGUCAUGGAACCACUGCGACUUCCGAAUACGGAGGAUGUGUACCACCGUACAUCAUCUCCUGGUGUUGGUGGUGGUGGUGGCGAGCUGGGAUCUCCGCCUCAGGGCCUCGAUCUUGUAAUAGCGCCUUACACAAGCGAUCCCAUCAAGUUGUCCGUGCUGUAA